UCCAUUGUACCUCACAUCCUCUUUGUUCAUUACUAUACACUAUUGAGAAGAUUGCAAGGUAUAGGUACAUACUAGUACUGCGUCAAUUCAACGUUGUUCAUGGGGUUUGAUAUCUCUAUCCCAGGGCUUCGACUUGGUCUUGGUCUUGGCCUCCACGAUCACGAUGAACACAAGCAAAGACGUCAAAGGCAGAAGAAAAAGGAAGCGGAUCCGUGUAAUAAGGCUUAUCCAUCACUUACGUUAGGACCACCACCCGAUGAUGACGUCGAGGCAAAUAAUAAUGAACCAAUUUCAAAGACCGAAUCCGAUGAAUAUUAUUAUUUCCAUCCACAUGCGUCUUCUCCAAGUGCAGUGUCUUCGUUUUCCAACUCGUGUAUCAAGAGAGAUAGAGAUCAGUUCGCGGGAGAAGAGGUUGAGAAGAUUCUGUCAAGGGUUGUCGAUGUCCAUGAAAAUGGUAACCCCAACAAGAAACUUAGGCUCACCAAACAACAAUCUGCAAUCUUGGAAGAUAGCUUCAAACAGCAUUCUACUCUCACUCCGAAACAGAAGCAAGAAUUGGCAAAGAAGCUGAAUCUGAGACCUAGACAAGUGGAGGUGUGGUUUCAAAAUAGGAGAGCCAGGACAAAACUGAAAGAAACUGAAGUGGAGUGUGAGUUACUGAAAAAGUGGUGUGAAAGUCUAAGGGAAGAGAAGAAGAUGCUGCAAAAAGAGUUGGAAGAACUUAAAUUGAUGAAAGCAAGGGUGGGAGUGGGACCCUAUUAUAUGCAGCUUCCGGUGGCAAGCCUUACAAUAUGCCCCUCGUGUGACAAAAUUUACGGUGGCAGCGGCGCUACCAAAAAUGGCUCCUCUCCCACCACGCCUUUGCUUCUUGGGCCCAAGGCCCAUCAUAGCUUCUAUAAAAGUAACUAUACAUUCACCCAAUCAUCCGCAGCAUGCUAGCUAGUAGCUACGGUGGCUAAAUACAACUUUUUCCCGCAUUUUUUUUCCUAUGCUGUUAAUUACUGUUUUAAGAUAUUAAUUAAGCAUUUAAUAAAUAAAUUAACCUUUUUUAUUUUAUUAAA